UAUGCGCACUACAGCCGCAAAAUUAUUUCUCAUCUCUUUUUCUUCAUUCAUCAUCUCAAAUAAAAGAGCAAAAAAAAUUGCUUCGUUCCGCGGAGUUUGCGCGAAAUAAAAACCAAAACAUCCCGAUUUUCCAUGAAUAAAUAAUCGAGUUAUGGUGGUUGCAAUCCUUAAUAACGUUUCAUCACGCACCGGAAGUAACUUAGUCAUAUUGUAAUUGAGAGAAAAAAUAAUUGAGCAUCGUCUUGAGCACUGUUUUCAUCGUUGAUUUUCGUGUUCAUCAAUCGCUCUGAAAACGGAAAAUAAAAUUUUUAUUCACACAAUGGCGACCACUGUGCCGUCACGUUUCGCCGUUCUCGCUCUCGAUGAUGAUGAUCCCAAGCCCAAGAGAAGCCAAAAGUCAACGACCAAUGCCAAGAGCGAUGUCAAGAACAGAAAUGAUAAACCCAAGGGGCAGGGCCAGGGACAGAAGAAGGACGACAAGAAUAAGAAGAGCAAAUCCAAAAAGAAGAGAGGAAAUCAGGAGAAUCAGCAGUGGGAGCAGUGGAAGGAGAAAGAUACUAUGGCUGUGGAGGAAGCUUACAAACAGGAACUCCACGAAGCUCUGAUUUUGUCAAAACUGGCCUACGAGACACAGAUAGAGAAUGGUAUCAAAGAUCCAGAUAUAACAAAAAAAUCUGGUGGUAAAAAAUCGAAGAAAUCCACAAUGUCUCUGGAGGAAUUCAAUAACAUGGGGAGCAAUGAAGCUGCAGGAAUUGCUAAUCACCAAGAUUCUAAGCCCUUUAAACAUAAAACUGAAUCAGAUGCGGAAUUCUUCGACAGAAUGGACAAAGAGACUAAAGAGGAGAUCAUCAAAUGCAAAGAGAGAGAUAUGUUAAAGAAAAGAUUGAACACUCUGGAUAAUGACAUAACAUCUGCACAGUUGAAGGUCGAGGUGGAAAAGAGAGAUGAGCAGAUUCUGGAGCUUAAGGAUGAGGUAGAGACACUCAAAGCUGAAUUGUCACAGGUCAAAGAAAGGAAUAAGAAGCUUUAUCAGAUUCUGUCGCUCGGGGAGAUGAAAGAUAAAGCAACCGUUCUAGCAGAAGUCGCUAAACUCCAGGAAAUUCGGGAUGAAUUAACGUCCGAAGUGCAGUCUCUUCAUGCACAAUUGGAACAGGAGCGUUCUAAAACUAGGGCCUCAAGUAUUGAUGUCAAAUCGACAAAGCAAACCAAUAAGAAGAGACCAGCCAGUGAAAAUGCCUAAAAACCUUCGCACCUUCAAAGUUAAGUCUCAAGGUCAAGGUCUAGGAAAGGCCAAGUCUUCGAAGCAUGAGUAUUCUUUUUUUAUUCGUACCUAUCAAUACCUUAUUAAUUUUGUACUGUUAUUAACAUUAUUUUGUUUUCCAUUUACGUAUGUGCUUUGAAAACACGGGCCACAUAAUGUGAUUUAAUUUCUUUACAACUUCCUUCGACGUACUCAUACGAUCCACUGUGACUGAUUAUAAUUAAUUGAUAAAUGAGAAUGUAGAAUUAGUUGAAUAUAUUUAAAAAAGUUAGUUCUUAAAUAUCCAAUACUAUGUAAUGCAGUUCUAAAUAUUUUGUAAUAAAUAUAAAUUCUAUGCAUUA